AUGCACCCCUGCCGCUCGGACUCCGUCACUGCACCCCAAUCGCUCAUUCACCUGCCCCGGGCGUGUGCUGUGAGCCCAGGUUAUCCCUGCCGCUCGGACUCCGUCACUGCACCCCAAUCGCUCAUUCACCUGCCCCGGGCGUGUGCUGUGAGCCCAGGUUAUCCCUGCCGCUCGGACUCCGUCACUGCACCCCAAUCGCUCAUUCACCUGCCCCGGGCGUGUGCUGUGAGCCCAGGUUAUCCCUGCCGCUCGGACUCCGUCACUGCACCCCAAUCGCUCAUUCACCUGCCCCGGGCGUGUGCUGUGAGCCCAGGUUAUCCCUGCCGCUCGGACUCCGUCACUGCACCCCAAUCGCUCAUUCACCUGCCCCGGGCGUGUGCUGUGAGCCCAGGUUAUCCCUGCCGCUCGGACUCCGUCACUGCACCCCAAUCGCUCAUUCACCUGCCCCGGGCGUGUGCUGUGAGCCCAGGUUAUCCCUGCCGCUCGGACUCCGUCACUGCACCCCAAUCGCUCAUUCACCUGCCCCGGGCGUGUGCUGUGAGCCCAGGUUAUCCCUGCCGCUCGGACUCCGUCACUGCACCCCAAUCGCUCAUUCACCUGCCCCGGGCGUGUGCUGUGAGCCCAGGUUAUCCCUGCCUCUCGGACUCCGUCACUGCACCCCAAUCGCUCAUUCCCCGGCCCUGGGCGUGUGCUGUGAGCAGCCCAGCCCUGUCGCUCAGCCAGUUCUAAGUCCAGGCAAUGGCUAGAGCCCAGCAGCUGUGCCCCACCCAGUGAUUUGUGAGGGAGAGGCACUGGUUAGGCUGGGGUCAUGCAGUGGCAAAGGAAUGGGCUUGCUCUGGCCAGAGGGGUGCAAACAAACGGAUCAGGUGGAAGUACAUCGGUUCUCCUUCAGGAUGGCUCUCGGGACAUUCUGACGGGCUGACGGACAGGACGACUGGGAGCAUCCAGCUGCACUGGGGACUUGACAAGGUCUCUUUGUGUUAGCUUUUCAUAUUGCACAGGGCUCUUGUAGGAUAGGCCAGGGAAGGGCAGAAUCACGACAUUCUAGCUCUGCUGCCAAGGGGCUAUUACAAGAAAAUAAUCAUCCCAUGCUGUGCUUCUACGGCUCCUGCGUGCUGCUCUGCCCCCCGACCACGCCUGCAACUCCCCUCCAAGCCAGAGAUGGGCCUGGACCCCCAGGAAUGCCCUGCUGCCCCAAUGAGAGGCUCUGGAGAGUUACCACGUGCCUGCCUGAGCCCUACUGCUGCCCCGUUUCUCUGGAGGAGGACAAAUCCCAGCUACGGCUCUCGCGCUGUCCCGCAGAGGAAAGAAGCAGAAUCCUCAGGGUAAGAUAAACAGUCCCUGCACGGAGCAGGCCCUGGGCAGGCUACAGCCAAGGCAACAGGUGCAGCAGACACUAAAUCUCCCGUCCUCCGAGGGACCCGCUGUGCUGCGGAGAGCUGAGCCAGACACAGGAGCAAGCAAAGAAAUAAGAGCAAGGGAAGGCAUGUGAGGGCUGGAAGAUAGUUCUGUGGGGCCCAGCUGGCGCUGACAGC